UCGAGGAUUUGGCCGUCUGUGCACCUUCUUUUGUCUCCUGGCAGCCAACAAACAAUUAUCUGGGUUCCGCGGUCUCCGCAGCGUCUUUUCCAAACCGGCCGAGUCUCGCAGUGCUCCGUACCUGCGGCCAGCCCGGGUCCACGCUCCUUUCCCGUUCCCAGCAGCGCCCCGAACCCGUUUUCUAUGUGCCCGUAGCGUUAGCCAAGCAAACCCCCCCCGCGCCGCGCCGCCCCCUGGCCAUGACAGCUCGUCGGCGCCCGGCGCUGCACAAACACCAGCAGACGCCGCCAAACAGCAAAGACCGCGGCGACAAGGCAUUCGCCAUGCCGGCACCGUCGCCACGGGUCAUCAAUGCGGGGCCGUCGCUCGAGAAGGCCGAGAUGUACGGAAUCGACGACAAUCGGACCGUCUUCAGCCGCGCCAUGGCGCUGGCCGGACGCAUGUUCAUCGAGACCAUCCCGCAAUGGCUGGCCAUCGGGGCCAUGCUGUCGCUCAUUUUUGGCGGCUGCUGCUCCAACGUGUUUGCGCUCGAGUCCAUCAUCAAGGUCGAGCCUGCAAGCGGAACACUCUUGACCUUCGUUCAGUUCCUCUUCGUGGCUGCCAUCGGGUUGCCGUCGCAGUUCGACCCGAACCGUCCGCCCUUCUUCCUCAAGCCGAACAAGGUUCCCAUCCGGCGUUGGCUCGUCAACAUCGUGCUGUUCUUCAGCAUCAACGUGCUCAACAACCAUGCCUUUAGUUACGACAUCUCGGUUCCGGUGCACAUUAUCCUGCGCUCAGGCGGCAGCAUCACUACCAUGAUUGCGGGGAGCCUGUACGGCAAGAAGUACUCGCGGACCCAGGUCGUUGCAGUAAUUCUCCUUACUGUCGGCGUGAUCAUUGCUGCGUGGUCCGAUGCGCAGACCAAGGGCUCACCAUCCGAGAAGUCGGUCGAAAGCGCGAGCUUCGGGACUGGCCUUGCCAUUCUCUUCAUCGCCCAGGUGCUGUCGGCCAUCAUGGGUCUCUACACGGAGGAGACCUACCGCAUCUACGGCCCGCAGUGGAAAGAGAACCUGUUCUACUCGCAUCUCCUGUCGCUGCCGCUGUUCCUGCCCUUCCUGCCGUCCCUGGCGAGGCAGUUCAUGAAGCUCGCCAGGAGCGCCCCGCUCGCGCUUCCCGUCCCCAACCCGGAGGACUACCCGAGCGUGUCGCCCAACGUCCAGCGAGGGCUGCAGAAGAUCCAGAUACCCAGCCAGCUGUUCUACCUCGUGCUCAACGUGCUGACGCAGUACGCUUGCAUCCGCGGGGUGAACCUGCUGGCCGCGGCCUCCUCGGCCCUCACGGUCACGAUCGUGCUCAACAUCCGCAAGCUCGUGAGCCUGCUGCUGAGCAUAUGGCUCUUCGGGAACCGGCUGGCGUCUGGCACGCUCAUAGGCGCGGUGAUUGUCUUUGGUGCCGGAGGGCUGUACUCGCUGGACGGGAAACGGAAGCAGCCCGUCAGGAGAGGAGGUGGGGUGACCAAGUCCUGACUUGAAUAGAGGCUGGUUUUCGCCAAGGUCGCUCUUUGUUGUACAUAUUCAUAGGGUGCAUGAAAAUGCGAAGACCUUCAAACGGGCGCUUGGUUUUCAGGCUAUGCCGCCACCUUGGUGUCCACAUUGCGAUCUUUAACCCCCUCAAGGUGAGUACCUCCCU